UGGGAAGAUGGUGGACAACGCUGUGACGAUUGAGGCCCUGGACCCCCUCAUCCACCUGACAGCGCCUCCAUCUCUCGCAUCGAUUCAUUGUCGAACGCCAUCGCCGCACGUCACACUCAUCCCACUGGCAGAUCGGAGCGGCCUGUACGUCCACAGGGCCGUCUGGGUCAAGGCUGUGCGCGGGAGAGUGGAUGUGGGCGGCUACCGACUGGAUGCGCGGGAGGAGGGGCGGUACGUGCGGCUGGGUGUGCCGAGCUGGGGAGCGGCGUAUGUGGUCAGGGCUCUCAGGGAUGGCGAUGGUGGAGAUGAUGGAGCGGAGGGCAAGAGCCCGGGGGAAGGCGUGCUUGAGAAGGUGCGAUGGAGGGAUGGACAGAUAUACGCGCUCUCUCAUCUGCGGGUCUGUUUGCCUGUAUGUGUCUGUCUGUGCAGCUGCGGAGCAGCGGUGUGAGGCCUAAGGUGGACUCCGUGCUGCAAAUACUCGACCCAAAAGUGACACAACACACACACACAUGCACACGCACACAAAGAAAGCACAUCGCCACAUCAACGUCGUGUCCAUUUCUCUCCCAUGUGUGCGUGUGUGUGUGCAGGUCUUCCCCGUGAUAGUGUCCGUGAAGGUGUGCCCCUGGACGUCCGGCAGCAGCGGGUGGGAGCCGUACAGCCUGCACGAUGCACUCACCCCCCUGGCCAAGCCCAUGACGGCGUCCGACCCCCUCAUGCUCUCCGAAUUCGCAUCUGGAUGGGAGACCGAGAGAGAAGAUGGCACAGGCAAGGACGACCCCACACACAAGUGGACGCCGCCAGUGCUGCACAUGUCUGACCAAUGGUAUGGAUGGUACAUCCAUCCAUGGUGAUGGGGGUGGGGUGAGCGGAUGUCGAUACGGAUGUCUGUUUGCUUUGUGUGGUGUGUGUCAGGAAUGCAGCUGUGGAGCAGUGUCGGUCUGAGUGCGGCGAGCGGCUGGCGUGCCACCCCCCUGCUGUGGUGGUCGCCGGGCCGAAGGGUGCGGGCAAGUCGACCCUGUGCAGAGUCCUCACCAACACGUUCCUCAACGCACACCCAAACCACGUGGUUGGUGAGACUCACUGCAGCAAGUAUUUGGCUGGCACUUAAAGUGAAUCAGUGGAUGGAUGGAUACAUGUGUGUGUGUGCCUGUUGUGGUAUGUGAGUAGGUGUAUUACUUGGAGAGCGAUGUGGGUCAGCCAGACUGGGGCCCAGCCGGACUUGUUGCGCUCUACAAGGUGAGGGAAUGGCGAAUGAAGGGCAGCCACCAGCACAGCGCACCUUUCGGUAUUUCUUCUGCCUCAUACCAUCAGGUUGAGAGGCCUGCGUUGAGUUCAGGCCACAACAACAUCCACACAGCGCCACACAUACACGCUGUCUUCUUCGGAGGUCAAUAAAUCUACACACACACACAUACGUCAUCACAUGCGCACGCUUUCUAUUUCUUCUCCUGGUUGCAGCCAUCAGCCCAUCCCGCAACCCGAUGCACUUCCGCCGUGCCGUGCAGCGGUGCCACGCCGCGUACCAGGCCCUCGUUCAGCAGAGCCAGCUGCCCCCGUCCACCCCACACACACCACAGACACCAGCCGCUUCCCCAUCAGACAACAACACAGACACCAUGGGCAUGGGCGGGGAUGCCGCAAGCACCACCACCGAGAACGUCAUGCGGCGGGCGAUCGACCACCUCCCCGGCCCCCUGGUUGUCAACACGCCCGGGUGGGUGACCGGUCUUGGUCUGGAGCUGCUCAAGGCCACCAUCAGCUGUGUGGAGCCCGAUCUGGUGGUCAAGCUUGGCAUGACGAGCAACCUCGACGAGGCUGCUGAUCAGGGUGUGGGUGGCGUGAUCGACUUGACCAAGAAGGACACGCACGUGAUCGACGCGCCCGCAACCACAGCAGCCACAGCAGCAGCAACCAUGCCCACACCUGCAGCAGUGGAGCUCCGAUGGCUUCGCUUCGCCGCCUACUUCCAGCCUCGGUUUGGGCUGGCCCUCUCGGUGCCUCUCAAGGCGAGCGGGCUGGAUAUCGACGAGAUGUUCCAGUCGCCGGUGGUGGUCAAGAUGGGUGGAGGGGAGGUGUGUGGGGUGGGUGGAGUCGAUGAUGGAGCGCAGGAGGGGCCGAGGGUGGUCAGCUACCCUCUUGAAGACCUCCAGCUUACCGCGGUGAGUGAGUCCGGAAUGAUCCAUGCAUCCAUCUUUGUGAGAAGAAAACAUGUACGUGUAUCUGCAUAUCAGAUGUGGCACCUAGAGACGUCCCUGCCCCCCCAGCCGCCCUCUCUCUCCCCCACCCUCCCCUUCGACCUCCCCGGCGCAGUUGUGGGUCUCUGCUGCCGCGAGGAUCCGUCAGAUGAGCUCAUCUGUGUGGCGGUGGGGUAUGUUUUGGGCAUGGUGACAUCGGGGGAUGAGCCGUCGGUGCGUGUGCUCACGAGCGCAUCUGUGCCGCUGAGCGAGCUGAAGAGGGUGAACGUGAUCGUCUUCAGGUGAGUGAGGAUGGAUGGGUGAGGGGUGUAAUGAGGUUCGUUUCUCAUGUGUGUGUGCUGUGGUCAGUGAGCUGCAGUGGAGCCCCACCCCUCCCUCCACCCUGCUGCCCAAGACGGCGCCUCAUGUGUCUCCACAUGGCGUCCUCCGAUCCCUCUUUCCAUUACUCACGGCUGACGACAUCGCCGUACUCACUCACGACGCGAAUGCCCCGGCACGCAAGAAGGUGUGGACGCGAAUGUGUGCCCCACACAGCUGAUGUGAUAGCGGCUGCUUGCGAGAGUGUCUGGUGUGUGCUGUAUGUAUGUGCGCAGCUGAGGCUGGCGAGCUCGGGUGCCGGCAAGGGUGUUGCUGCUCCGUCGAGUCUCUGCCCACUGGUCGGUCAGCAGACAUGCACUCGUCCACGUCGUCUCCUGGCAGACAUCUGCGGAUGCUUGUGUGGCACGUGUCAGUUGCCGUACCGUUCAGGUGGAUUGGCGUUGGAGGGGACGGCGAGCGGCGGCCGUAUCCGCAGCGGUCGGUCCAACCUGCAGAGGAGGAGCCACGGAUCGCAGCCUGCAUAAUUGGCCAGUCAACUAGGAUCGCAGCCUGAAAGGGGGAUGUUAUUUGCCUAGUCAGGGGACAGUUUUGUCGUGUGUGUUAGUGCGGUGGGUCGGGUUUGGAUGAGUAUG